CUAACGCUGUCAGACCCAUCAAAACUCACAGGACAUGAACUUACCCAGAGCCACGCAUAUAUGGAAAGUCGAUAACGCAGCAAACUUUCUGGAAUAGGAAGCAGAGAGUGCCGUAAUGCCUUCCUGGUUUUGUCUCAGUCACCUUUUCGCGUCUGUUUCAUCCUCGGACAGCUCUCACGCUCUCCGUGUUUCUGGCGACGGGUCUAUAACUGGCUUAAGCUACACCUUUACAUCUCUUUCAUGCAUCGACGCUAUAAAUACUCCAGUCGCUGAUCGUACAUAUGGUCACCAGUAUUCCGGUGCUUAUCUCAUCUUCGCCUUUUUGUUAUUUGCACCGGAUACUGCAUAGAGGCGUGCGCAUAUAGCUGGGCUAUAUUGUCCCGCCACUGCACCUCUGAUGUAGAACAAGGCUGGUGGUUGUAUCCUUUGAGGUACUGUAGGGUUGAGAGAGGGUAAC